GGACGGACGCGCCUCCCGUCGAUUUGCAAUUUAAAAAUAAAACAAAAUUUUCGCUUCGGUAACAUUCCUUUAAACGUCCGUCGACGAUUAACAUUAGUGUAAAACAUGUUUUCUUCUAAUUGUGUGUAAAAAUAGUGUUUGAAAGUGGUUUUAGUGGGUAAUUGUUCGAUGUAUUUCGGCGACAAGUGACGACCCUGGCGUUGGGACAAUCAUUUUGGCGGCAUAUGACACAUGGCCUAUUUUUUGACACUAUGUGUUUGCUAUGAGUAUAGUGUAGUGACGUCAACUUAAAUGGUUCCUAUUGGAUCACAAUAUAAACGCCGUAGGUGAAAAUGGCGACAGACCCCACACAAGUGACUGGGGCAACAACACCUGGGGCGGACAGCCUAGGUCCAGAUACAGGCCAGGCGUUAGUCGCCCAGCCUAAGAAACCUGCGAGACCUAGAGGCAAACCACAACCUGAGAAACCGAAGAGAAGUCUGUUCUGCUUAGGCCUUAAGAACCCGCUUAGGAAAUUAUGUUAUGAUAUCGUUGAAUGGAAACCAUUCGAGUAUAUGAUACUGACAACUAUAUUCGCAAACUGUAUCGCUCUAGCUGUGUUCACGCCUUACCCGUCUGGCGACACAAAUAAUACUAAUCAAAUAUUAGAAAAGGUGGAAUGGAUUUUUAUGGUAAUAUUUACUGGGGAAUGUGUUAUGAAGAUAAUAGCAUACGGGUUUUUAUUCCAUCCCGGUGCUUAUUUAAGGAAUACAUGGAACAGUUUAGAUUUUACUAUAGUUACUAUUGGUAUAGUGAGUAUGAUAUUGCAAGAUUUUUUCAAAGACUCCUUCGACGUGAAAGCAUUGAGAGCGUUUAGGGUACUGAGGCCAUUGAGGUUGGUCUCUGGUGUACCAAGUCUACAAAUCGUAUUAAAUUCAAUCUUAAAAGCGAUGAUUCCAUUGUUCCACAUCGCUUUCCUCGUGCUGUUCGUCAUCAUUAUAUACGCUAUCAUCGGCCUCGAGCUCUUCUCUGGUGUUCUUCAUAACACCUGUUUCUAUAACGGCACUGAGAUGGUAGAAGAACCUUCAGUAUGCAGUAAAGACCCGGACGUGGGCGUGCAGUGUGAUUCUGGGCAAGUCUGCAAGGAGUCCACCUGGAAGGGACCUAACUACGGCAUCACGAACUUUGACAACAUUGGCUAUUCCAUGCUUACUGUCUUCCAGUGCAUCACACUGGAAGGCUGGACUGAUAUUAUGUAUGCUAUAGCUGAUGUAAAAGGCAAUACCUGGGUGUGGAUUUAUUUCGUUACUUUGGUCAUAUUUGGCAACUUUUUCGUCAUGAAUCUAAUUCUCGGUGUACUUUCCGGUGAAUUCUCAAAAGAAAGAGAGAAAGCAAAAAGUAGAGGUGACUUCCAAAAGUCAAGAGAGAGGCAGCAGUUUGAAGAAGACUUGAAAGGAUAUCUGAACUGGAUCACUGUCGCUGAAGAGUUGGAUCUGGAGAAUGACCAGGGACAGAAGGAUGAAGACAGAGAUUCACAAGGUAAAAAAGAAAGAAAAAGCAACGAAGGCUCACAGAACGAAGUAAACGGGAAUGGAGAUCAAAUGAAAACUUCCACUUGCAAAAUAUAUUGUAGAAGAUUUGACAAGAUCAAUAGACGCAUGCGUAGAGCUUGCAGGAAAGCUGUUAAAUCGCAAGCUUUCUAUUGGGCUAUUAUUGUUCUAGUAUUUCUUAACACUUUAGUACUAGCAUCUGAACAUUAUCGACAACCUCAAUGGCUGGAUUACUUCCAGAAUUACGCCAAUUAUCUCUUCGUUGUUCUCUUUACUAUGGAAAUGCUUGUCAAAAUGUACGCAUUGGGCUUCCAGGGUUAUUUUGUGUCUUUGUUCAAUCGCUUCGAUUGCUUUGUGAUGGUGUGCUCUAUCGUGGAGUUGGCUCUCACUUUGUCAAACACAAUCCCGCAGCUCGGCAUCUCUGUGCUGCGCUGCGUGAGACUGCUUAGGGUCUUCAAAGUAACUAAAUACUGGCGAUCUCUUUCUAACCUCGUCGCGUCUCUGCUCAAUUCCAUCCAGUCAAUCUUCUCCCUCUUGCUUCUUCUGUUCCUCUUCAUCAUGAUCUUCGCGCUGCUGGGUAUGCAGGUCUUCGGAGGGAGAUUCGACUACGAUCCCGUGCAGGAGAAAGAAAGGCAUAACUUUGAUUCAUUCUGGCAAGCAGUCUUGACAAUGUUUCAAAUCCUGACUGGCGAGGACUGGAACGCGGUGAUGUACCACGGUAUCAACGCGUACGGCGGCUCCGGCACACCGGGGAUGCUGGCCUCCAUUUAUUUCAUUGUUAUAUUCAUCUGUGGUAAUUAUAUUUUACUGAACGUAUUCUUGGCUAUUGCUGUUGAUAAUUUAGGUGAUGCAGAGGAAAUGGAUGAAAUACAGAAAGAAAAAGAUGAAGCUGAGAACCCGGAGGCUGGUAACCCUCAGGUUGAAGAAAGAGUCGAGGCUGAUGAUGAGUAUGCUAAUGACGAGGAAGGUUAUUCCAGUGAAGGAUCAGAGCAUGAAUAUGAAGAAACUGGUUCGGAGGAAGAAGAAGUAGAAGAGCAAGAACAAGAAGAAAGAGACAACGUUAAUGAAGUACUAGUCAAUAAUGAUGUCAAACAGAAUGGAGAUGUAAAGAAAGAAGAACCACAGCCUAUGAAGCGGCAGCCGACUGUGUCAGCACGCCCGCGACGGCUCUCAGAAGUUGAGAUCAAAACUCAAGAAAAACCGAUACCAGAUGGCAGCAGUUUCUUUAUAUUUUCUAAAACUAAUUGGUUCCGUGUGACAUGUUACAAAGUGCAAAACAACUCGUGGUUCAAGAAUUUAAUCUUGCUGUGUAUUUUGGCGUCGUCUAUUAUGUUGGCUAUGGAGGAGCCCGUGCCUACUGGAGUUACUAACGAGAUCCUUCGUAAAAUCGACUACUUCUUCACAACAGUGUUCACAAUAGAAUUAAUAUUGAAGCUUAUUACUUAUGGUUUUAUAUUGCACAAGGAUGCCUUCUGUCGCUCAGCUUUCAAUUUACUGGACUUGUUGGUCGUUAUCGUCUCCCUCGUCUCGCUUACUGGGUCAAAUAAUGUGUCGUUCAUAAAAAUUCUUCGAGUAUUUCGAGUUUUGAGGCCCUUAAGAGCAAUCAACAGAGCUAAAGGACUAAAGCACGUAGUUCAGUGCGUGAUUGUCGCUAUAAAAACAAUUGGCAACAUUUUGCUGGUGACAAAUCUUCUUCAAUUCAUGUUCGCGGUAAUGGGGGUGCAAAUGUUCAAGGGGAAGUUUUUUAAAUGCAGUGAUAUAACCAAAGUCACAGAACAAGAAUGCCGAGGAUCUUACCUCGUAUAUGAGAAUCAGAAACCAUCUAUACAGGACAGAGUUUGGAUGAAGAAUAAAUUUAACUUCGAUGAUGUUCUUAACGGAAUGCUUACUCUAUUCACUGUGUCUACGUUUGAAGGCUGGCCAAUAUUACUUUCAACGUCAAUGGACUCUAACGACGAGGAUCACGGACCAAUAGAAAAUUCUAGACCACUUGUAGCGUUCUUUUACAUCAGUUAUAUUAUUGUAAUUGCGUUCUUCAUGGUCAAUAUAUUCGUCGGUUUCGUCAUAGUGACAUUUCAAAAGGAGGGUGAGCAGGAGUUCAAAGACUGCGAACUGGAUAAAAAUCAAAGGAACUGCAUUGAGUUCGCUCUCAAAGCGAAGCCUGUUAGAAGAUACAUACCGAAGCACCGUAUCCAGUACAAGACCUGGUGGUUUGUGACGUCACCGCGCUUCGAAUACGUCAUAUUUUUCUUCAUUGUGCUGAACACCAUCGCUCUUAUGAUGAAGUUUCACAACGCUUCUCCGGAAUAUAAGAGGGUAUUAGAUUACUUAAACAUGCUCCUAACUACGGUGUUUAUGCUUGAAUUUAUUUUCAAACUGGCAGCAUUCCGUUUCAAGAAUUAUUUUGGUGACGCUUGGAACACGACUGACUUCAUAUUAGUAGUGGGCAGUAUUAUAGAUAUCGUGGUAACGCAAGCCAAUGAAAAUAACCCCAAAUUGAUGCCCGGCGGUAUAAUUCCAUCUAACGGAAAUGAGGAGAACACUCAAACAAUUGGACUGAAGUAUAUCACAUUCUUUCGUCUCUUUCGUGCGAUGCGUUUGAUUAAAUUGCUCUCCCGAGGUGAACGAAUACGAACUCUUCUGUGGACAUUUAUAAAGUCAUUUCAAGCUCUACCUUACGUUGCUCUACUGAUUGUUCUACUGUUCUUCAUCUACGCUGUGGUUGGGAUGCAGUUAUUUGGCAGAGUGGAGUUUUCGGAUACAAUAUCAAGAAACAAUAAUUUCAGAACUUUCGGCGGUGCAGUAAUGGUUUUGUUUAGAUCUGCUACAGGUGAAGCAUGGCAAGACAUAAUGAUGUCUCUCUCCCCCAACGGCGCGGAGCUGCCGGGAGAGCAGGUCCGCUGCAUCGGCAACGCCACCGACAUCUCUGAAGAAGUCUGCGGCACUAUCCUCGCCUUCCCUUACUUCAUAUCCUUCUCUCUGCUUUGUACUUUCCUGAUCAUCAAUUUGUUCGUGGCAGUUAUUAUGGAUAACUUCGAUUACCUGACGAGAGAUUGGUCUAUAUUGGGACCACAUCAUUUGGACGAAUUUGUCAGGUUAUGGAGUGAAUAUGACCCAGAUGCAAAAGGAAGGAUCAAGCAUUUGGACGUGGUUACUUUGUUGAGAAAAAUUAGUCCGCCUUUAGGUUUCGGCAAGCUAUGUCCACAUCGUACAGCGUGCAAGCGAUUAGUUUCAAUGAAUAUGCCUCUCAACUCCGAUGGUACUGUCAACUUCAAUGCUACAUUAUUUGCUGUUGUGCGAACACAGCUGCAGAUCAAAACUACAGGAGUCAUAGACGAGUGUAACACGGAACUGAGAGCUAUCAUCAAAAAGAUCUGGAAGAGAACGUCACCGAAGCUUCUAGACCAAGUGGUGCCACCUCCAGGAGAUCCCAAUGAAAUAACUGUGGGCAAGUUCUAUGCAACUUUCCUUAUACAAGAUUAUUUCAGAAGGAACCAUGCGUUUAGGAAACGUAAAGAGCAAGCUGCAGCAGCUUCAGUUCAGAACAAUCAGAUGACACUACAAGCAGGUCUAAGGACUCUACACGAAGCAGGACCUGAACUCAAACGAGCUAUCUCUGGAAACCUGGAUGAGAUUACUCCAGAAGCUGUUGAACCAAUGCAUAGGCGCAAUCAUACAUUAUUCGGAGCUGUGUGGACAACCUUCAAGAAACGUGGUCGAGACGGUUUCUACAAACCACCAGAGCCUCGGCCUGAGAGGAAAACAACCAGUAAAGGAGCAUCUAAGGCUGGUCAAUCACUUAGUUUGAUGAUGCAACGAGAAUUGGGAUUAGACGGAAAAAUGCCAGAAGACGAUUCGAAAUUUGAUGAUGGUCAUCAAAGUGAUGAAGAGAUAGCCAUGCAGCCUUUACUGCAUGGAAAGGACUCGGAGAGAAUAUUCAGAGUUAUUGAAAAAACAUCCAACGAUUUAAUCCAGAAUAUGAGAAACAACCAUCGUGACAGAAAACCCAGACAGAACGACGCCGUGCCUUAUUGUGUAGAGAAUCCAGCGGAGAACCUUAUCGCCAGAGUACUGAUGGAGCAGGGUCUGGGCAAGUACUGCGAUAAGGACUUCAUUCAGAGCACCUCCCGCGAGAUGCAGGAGGCGCUCGACCUCACACAGGAGGAGAUGGACACCGCCGCGAAUCAAAUAAUAUUGCAAGAGCGGAAAAUGAAAACUGUUGGGAACGGACCGAGCGAAGUGGACAGUAUAUUUGCCCGCCAGUAUCAUCCGUUCCAUCAGCCAGCGAUGCAACCUCCUCCGAGAAAAAAAUAAAUUUAACAGCAUUAUAUUUUUUGGCUUCUAGUUAACCCUAUACUGGUUGGCAACCGUGUAGGAUUUUUUUGUACCCGUUUAGGGUUUUUGGGCUGCCCAAGACUGGGCUGGUGCUGACGAGAGAUGUUGAUUUUGUAAAUAGAAAAUUUUAGUGUGGAAAUGUAAAGCUUUGUUUACAAUGUUGAAAUGAAAAAA